GAUGACGUUAAAUCAAAUUCACCUUCAAUUUAAGUUAACAGUGGCCACUUUAUUUCCUAUCUUAAUGGUUUUAUUGGCAAUAAGCGUACUCCUAGAUCAUAGGGCCGAGCUGUGCUAGUGUUCACUGCUCUGUGCUUUCAUAAAUUAAGUAAUGAACAUAUUUACCUGGCUAAAUUAAAAAUUAUACUAAAAUCAUUAUAUAUUCAUACGUUUUCUUUUAUAUACUACUAUUUCACACAAGAAGUCACCGUAACUCACUUUUGUAACUGUAAUCGGUAUUCGUGAAUCGUCAUUCCAAAGUUAGAAGUUAAAGUCGCAGUUCAACAAAGUGCAAUGCUAAAGUGGAUUAAGAAUACUAAUUCAAGGUGAAUGUGCACUGAAAUGAAUUUACAAACAUUAUUCCAGGAUUUUAAUCCCAGUAAAUUCGUCGUGCACACUUGUUUGUCAAUUUUUACGGCAUUACUGGCUUUAAAGUUGGAUAAUACAAUUGAUUGGUCCUACUGGUCAGUUUUUGCACCAAUAUGGAUUUGGAAAUUUCUUGUGGUUCUUGGUGCUACAAUUGGAACCUAUGUUUGGUGGCAAUAUCCACAUUUCAGAUUAGAAGGUGAAGCCUACAUUCAUUAUAAGGCAAUGCUCAUUAGUCUUGCCAUACAUUUAAUAUUGUUAAUGUUUGAGCUGCUUGUAUGUGACCAAUUGACUACAUAUCGCCAUUUUUGGAUUCUUAUUUUCAUACCAUUAAUAUUUAUAAGCAUAGUAUCUAUUGCUAUUUGUAUAUGGUGUGUUAAACAUGACCGAAGUUAUGAGCUGGAACUAUUUUGCGCUGUUAACAUUCUACAAUUCAUAUUUUUGGCUUUGAAAUUAGAUACAAUUAUUACUUGGUCUUGGGAAGUGGUGUUUGUGCCUCUUUGGAUACUAAUGUGUCUUAGUUUAGUUGGUGUGCUAUAUAGCAUAAUGUUCGCGGGUAUUCUUCUACGUUCGCCUGAAGCCAACAUUCAACAGCGGAGAACGAGCUUCAACUCCGCCAUGGCCUAUACAUUCACUGUUGUGCCUAUUUUGGUGUUUCUGGUUCUACUAACAAAUAAGUUAGAUGACAGCCCAGACAACAGAUUUACAUACAUCGUAGUAGUCAGCCCUCUGUUCGUCACUUACGCUACACUUAUUAUCAUGUCAUUCAGCUCCAAAGGCGGUAAUAAAUGGUGGUUCGGGAUUCGAAAAGACUUCUGCCAGUUCCUUCUAUCAGUGUUUCCCUUACUGCAAGAAUACGCAAAUAUCGCGUAUAAUAAUAACGUGAAUCGCGGAUCGGUUCCGAACGAACCGCCCGUUAAUCAAGAACCGUAUAGAGACGAAGAAAAGAAAGUCCAUAGAAAACAGAAGAAUCAAAAGAAAAAUGAAGCUUUAAAGCCCGUCGUACCAGUAACAAGCAUAGAUAUGCCCGAUUGAAAAUCCAAUAUACAAUCCUGGGUCAAUCAAAGAGAAUCAAGGUAAAUUAUACCAAUUUCUUAUCACUAGCAAUAAAUUGGUAAUAUAUUGGAUCUUAAUUGAUGAGGAAUUAUUUUACUUUAAUCAGCAAAUGCCUAAACCCACGAAAACGUUAGCCGCCAUCUUGUUAUUCCUUAUGUUACUAUAGCUAAUGUCAAAUUAAGAUGGCCGACAAUAAACGAAAUAAAGGCGCCUAUUUCAAAAUGUCAACUAUUAUUAACUAGAGAUUUGUUCACGUAUUUAUAGAGUUUAAUGCAUACAUAAGACUUAGUAAAAUAUCUGUGACAGUCGGAAAUCUUUUCGAUUAGUUUGUAAUGUUACCAAAAAUUUACACUUUUCUAACACUACGGAUACAGCUUUAGAAAAUAGGAAUGAACUUUUGCUUUAGUUUUUGGUAUUAAAUUAUACGAAACUCAGUAAUUUGCAAUUGCAUUGUAUAUGUUGUGUUAGAACUGGGUGGGGUAAUAAAAACCAUAGACAAUGCGCGUCUGUAGUAAGAGUAGGAUAGUUUUUCUCUCGCUCCCCCAGAUAUUGUACCAGUUACAGAUGACAAAGAUAGUAAUGUAGCGAAGAAAUUACGAAUUGCUACGUAAUUUUGUAUUUGGGUCGUCUAUAAGAAACAUUUAUUGUUUGCAAUGCAAACACAUAAGCCUCAAAUAGUGAUUCAAUCUUUUGUCCUUAUCACUCCAGUGUGUAAAUAGGGACAAAAUCGUAGGGCGAUAGGGAUUUAAUGAUACCAGUGUCUCAGUAGCGCAUUUUAAUCUCAUUUUUUAAUAAUAAAUUAAGCAUAUUUCCUAUUAUCUUGAUUUAGUUUUCAGUGAAUAAAGUCAAUCAAGGUAUAUUAACAUAAAAUUAUUUACAUUGUCGGCUUAUACAUCGUAUUAGAUUCCAAUCAGUAAUUAUACCAAUUCGUAUUUCGCUAACGUAAAUGUUUUAUUUAUUUAAUAUUAAACACCUUUUUUUGGAAAAGUCUUUGGUCCAUCGUUUGUGAUGCACAUGUAUUAUAAAUAAGAAUAAUACAGUCAUCUCUGAGUCAAAAAUAAUCUUUCUAACUAAAUUAAAUGUCGUAUUUAACACCUGUGUAGGGCAUUGAACUCGAAAGGUGUAAGCUGAACUUUGCUAUGGAGCUAUUCCAAAUCUCAGAAACCUUGGUUUCGGAAUGUAAAUAAUUAGAAAAUAUUGAAGGUAGCCGAAACCUUACGAAACAAAUAUGAUGAUUAAUUAGUUAAUUAUUAUCUUUUUAAGUUAUAUGUACAUCAACCGAUUAAGUUAAAUGUUUAAGAAACACAGCUUUAUGAAUUUGUAAAGUAUCGGAACAUAAGUAUACUAUGAAAAUCAUUUUCUUUAAAUGCUAGAUGUCCUUCGUGACAUGAGCUAAUAAUUCCUUUGUUCUUCUUUGGGUGGGUAAGUUAUUCGGUUUUUAUUGUAGUUAAUCACGCAUAUUUCCUCUUUAUGGUUACAUUUUUAUAUUAAUUUAUGUAUAACAACUAAAUCGAAUUUAUGACACUUGUGUUAAAAAAAAUCUGGUUAAAACGGGUACUAGAAUUUCAAAUGUAUGCAUAUAGCAUAUGUUUAAUUAUUGUGUACGAAACUCCAACUUCUUUAUAAAUCAACUUAUUUAGAAGCCUCAAUUAGUAAGAAUAUUCCGUAAUAUGCCACUACAAAAUGUUAGUUUUUGUAUGUUUAUAGUGCGUGAUGAAUUAGGUUAUUUGUCAAAGACAGCCGUUAUAGACAUGUUAAUGUAGUUUUUUUAGUACUCAUUUUGUCAAUUAUUUUCCCGCGCUUUGAUUAUUAUCUGUGUAAAUCAUAGAGCUAGUUCCAAAUGUAUAAACGUUCAUAGGAGUUUGUUGAUGUAAUCAUAGACGUAAUAAAUAAUUUUAAUAGAUAAAAAAUUCGACCAAUACAAAGAAAGAAAACAUUGGAAAAAAAAAGUGUACACUAAUAAAUUAAAUAUUAAAAUGCUUAAUAUAGCUUUUUUUCAUGCCUUACAUUUUAUUGCUUAGGUUAUACCAUGGCUAUAACGAUUUAGUUAUAAAUAAUACGAUAGCUUACAUUUUAUUUUUAUACAUUCAAUAUGUUUUGCAUGCGACAAAAUUGUUUACAUACCCCAAUUAAAUGCCGGCAAUCAUUCUAUAUCAAGUAUUGCUCUUCAUAUCAUUGGUGUUUUAAAAUAUAAACGGUGCUUUUAAUUGUAGAAUAUAUUUGUAAAUAAUGUUCAAAUAUGUUAAGGGUUCAAAUGAUGCAUGUAGAGAAUAUGUAUGUACUUAAAAAGUGAUUUAAUAAAAAAAAUAGUAAGAUCCUCUUACUGUUCGCCAUAUUUGGUCUGUGUGUACCAUCAUUGAUUAAUUUACUAAUGUGCUAAUAGCGUCAUAAAUUUAUUUUCGUAUAUUAAAAUUAGAGUGAUUAAGCUGGGAUGUUUUGUGUAAAAUCAUUAACAAACCUUUAUUAGCUUUUGAACAAAUUUCCGUUCGAAUAAAAUGGAAUUUAGAAUUCUGUUAAAAUCAAAUAAUCGUCAACUUUUUGCAUACGUAGAUAAAUAAAAUUUCUAUUUCAUUAAAGUAGAUGCAUAUUCCCUACGAUCUUUUUAAGUUAUAAUUUAUGUAUUUGUUAUUUAGGCACUUGAAGGUAAACUAGUAGGUGCAAUUAGGUACGAAGUAUUUUUUUAAUUAGAUGUAACUAAUUUAAGAUUUUUGUUGCGUAACAAUGAAUUAAUACUGUGAUAUACUCUUCCUAUUCGCUUCUCAGAAUGUUAUUUUGUUAAUAUUUUUUGUUUCAAAUAAAG